UGCGGGUAGCCACGUGAACAGGCUAAUUGUAGUCGUCAAGUUCUUGAGUAUGAAUAUUCAUGACUCUAAAAUGUCAAUUUUCUCAAAUCUGCCGGUAUGCUUUUGCAUUACAUGAGCUGACACUAGAUUUCAAGUGUCAGGGAUUCCGGUAUUCUGAGGUGAUUUAGACAGUUCCAACAGUACAUGUACUCAAUAUUUCGUUACCGCGUCGGGACAAGCAUUCUAGAGUGACGUCCCGCAGCACUUCUCACAACUGUUCCACCGAGAGAAUCUCUUCAGUGUACUACUACACACACAAAGGAGUUGCACAGAAAGAAAAAGCAUAUUUUGACCGGACGUAGUAUACUACGGAGCCAGCCACGAGCGACACAGUCGCAGCGGGAAUUCCGCUAUGAUUCUCCCCGUGGUUUUGGUCCUGUGGCAGGCUGUCGUGUCUAUUGGAGUACCGGUGAUGAGGGAUGCGCUAUUGAAUGAGCCAGGACCAAUCUGUUUGGAGCCCGAGUGCGUGAUUGCCAGCGGCGUGAUCCUGAGCGCGCUCGACCAGACCGCCGACCCAUGCCACGACUUCUACCGGUACGCCUGCGGCGGCUGGCUGGACCAGGUGGAGAUCCCGCCAUGGCGCUCCGGAGUUAGCAAGAGCUUCGGAGGGUUGUCCGAUGCCAACCUCAAAAUCGUCAAAACAAUUUUAGAGGCCGAAGAUUUGUCAGCAGAGAGCACCAGUAGCGGUUCCCUACAGAAGGCCCGGGACUUCUACACUGCAUGCAUGGAUGUUGAGGGGAUGGAGGCAGCCGGAGCAAAAUCAAUGCUAACGCUCAUCGAGACUUUCGGUGGAUGGAGUCCGUGCACGAACCCGACAGAGAUAAAAGAAGAAAUCUACACUAGCGAGGGGCUCCUCGACACGCUCCUUGCCGUGCAAAAGGCAUCUGGAACCCCGCUAUUCGGCAUGGGAAUAACCAUCGAUGACAAGAACUCAUCUCGCCACAUCAUCCAGUUUGUGCAGGCGGGACUGUGGUUGGGACCGCGGGAUUUGUAUCUUGGAGGUCACGAUGAGCUUCUGGCAGCCUACGUGAAGUUCGGCGUGGCUCUGGCCAGUCUUCUGGCCGAGGAUAGCGGCGUGACGACGACUGCUGAUGACUACAUGGUACACGCCGAGAGCAAGUUGAAGGAAAUGCUGGCCUUUGAGAAACAACUUGCUGAGAUAACAGUGCCCAAGGAUGAGCUACGUGAUCCGUGGAAGACCUACCACAAAAUGACUCUUCGUGAAUUCACCCAAAUGAUUCCAGUUGUUGAUGUUACAGCGUUCGUGCAUAGAGUGUUUGGCAUGGACAUCUCACCGGACGAAGAGGUACUUGUGCCACAUUUGUCGUACUUCCCUAAAAUGAACGAACUCGUCCAGAAAACACCACUGAGAAUCGUCCACGACUACAUGGUCUGGCAAUCCGUCGCGUCGCUAGCCGGGUCGCUACCGGAACGGUACCGGGGAGCGGUGCUGGAGUUCCACAAAGCUUACACGGGCAUUUCGGCCGUGGCGCCCCGGUGGAUGACCUGCGCCGGAGCCGCUGAUAAAGUCUUGGGAUUUGCGACGGGAGCCGAGUUUGUGGAGAAACUGCACAGUCUUGAAAUCAAGGAUGAGAUUAAAGCUAUGAUUGAGAAUGUACGCAAGACGUUCCUAGAUAGUCUACCGAGCGUGGAUUGGAUGGACGACACGACUAAAUCUCUGGCGGCCCAGAAGGCCGAAGCCAUUGAGGAGAAAGUAGUGGGGCCGAAGUGGCUUGAAGAUACCAAUAAAAUUGAUCAAUACUACGAAGAGUUCAAGGUUGACCGACAAUCCUACUUUUACAACUUGCUCAGCACGUCAUUGUUUUAUAGCAAGGCGAACUUGGCCCAGUUCCAUAAACCCGUGGACAGAACGCAAUGGCAGAUGAAGCCUUCUGAAGUCAAUGCUUACUACACCUCUAGUCAUAAUGAGAUAGUCUUCCCUGCCGGCAUUCUCCAGUCUCCCUUCUACGAUUCCGCCUUGCCGUCAUCCAUAAAUUAUGGCAGUAUAGGUUGGGUCAUAGGUCACGAAUUGACCCACGGCUUCGACGACCAUGGACGCAAUUAUGACGACAUUGGCAAUCUACAUAAUUGGUGGAAGAACGAAUCGGCCCAGGCAUACAGCGAGCGCGCUCAGUGUGUUAAGCAGCAGUACAGCAGUUACAAAAUGGGGGACAGGCAUGUGAACGGUAUGCUAACUCUCGGGGAGAACAUCGCAGACAAUGGAGGCCUGCGGCUAGCCCUACACACCUACCGGAGCCUGCGGGCCCAAGGAGGGGGUAAAGAAGCAAGGCUGCCGGGACUUCAAGACCUGACCUCCGAGCAAAUCUUCUUCAUCGGGGCCGGGCAGACCUGGUGUAAACUGGACACCCCUAAACAGGCAUUGUUGAAGCUGCUGAGCGAUGCCCACUCCCCAGGAAAAUACAGGGUGAUUGGCACUCUUUCCAACAUGGUGGAGUUUUCAGACGCCUUCCAGUGUCCCAGUGGAAGCGUCAUGAACCCUGCGAAAAAAUGUCGCGUGUGGUAGCGAGCCGCCGACAAAGGCAUCCAAGCAUCGAAGGGCUUCCAUUGAAUGAAUUCCAUCAAUUCAGAACACAAACAACUUAAAGAUGCACUGUCUGUGCUCUCCAUAAAUCUUAAUUUUUCCUUCUGAUGAAAACUACUUUUGUUUUUUUAUUUUUGGCCUCUGCAACCGACCCUCUGUAACAAGCCUUAUAUUUUGAGUUGCUUUUUCGCUCAAACUAAUCCACCGUAUAAGUAGACUGGUCCCGGUUUUUCCGUUAUCAAUUCUGAUAGGGUGACAAGAACCAGUCUACCCUGC